GCUGGCGAUGACCCUGAACACGCAGCCCGGGAGCAGGAGCCCGCUGCGGCGGAGGGCCAGCACCCCGCUCCCGCGGCCGGGUGGCUCCGGGGCCACUUCGCGGGGUGAGUCCUAUCACCCCCAGCUCGGCCACACCGCCUCCGAGCCGGGCGGCAGAGACCCCCGCGGCACCUGGUCCCCCGACUCCUCGGGCUCCCCAAGGCUCAGGGAGCCCCGGUACCGAGUGGUGCUGCUGGGUGACCCCGGCGUGGGGAAGACCAGCCUGGUCAACCUCUUCGCCGGCGUCCAGGAGAGGGACCUGCUGGACCAGCACGGAGGGGCCGCGUACGAGCGCAGGCUGACCGUGGAUGGGGAGGAGACCGCGCUGCUGGUGCUGGACACCUGGGAGUCAGAGCAGCGGGUACGGCGGGGCUGGCUCCAGCGCCGUAGCCACUGCCUGCACGUAGGGAAUGCCUACAUCAUCGUUUACUCUGUCACUGACCGGGACAGCUUCGAGAGCGCCUCGGAGCUGCGCAUCCAACUGCGCCGCGCGCGCCAGGCUGAGGACAUCCCCAUCAUCCUGGUGGGGAACAAAACUGACCUGGUGCGCUGCCGCGAGGUGUCUGAGGAAGAGGGCCAGGCCUGCGCCGCCGUCUUCGACUGCAAGUUUAUCGAGACGUCAGCGGCUCUGCAGCACAACGUGGCCGAGCUCUUCGAGGGGGUGGUGAGGCAGAUCCGCCUGCGCCAAGGGGGCAGAAAGUCCCACCUGCACCCCACACCUGGCCAGAAGCACAAGGAGAGCCUCGCCAGCAGAGCCCGGCACUUCCUCGACAGGCUAGUGGCCAGGAACAGCAGCAAAGUGGCCCUCAAAGUCCGUUCCAAGUCCUGCCAUGACCUGUCUGUGCUCUGA